CCCGCUCACUUCCCUCACCCUGCCAUUCACCAUGGCUGCCUGGAUGAGCUUGGCGCUGUUGUCCGUCCUUACGGUUAGCACACUAAGCUUGCCUCGCCCCGAUGAAAGUGCCUACAGGAUUCCUCAAGUAGGAACCGGCAGACGUUCCCAGUACUACGUCCUGCACAGUGAUGGCACCUACAAGUACGGUCAUGACACCGGAGAGGGAGCCUUCGAGAGUGCACGAUCAUCUACGCCAGGACAGCAACGAGGUUCUUUCGGCUAUGUGGCUCCCGAUGGCAAGCCAAUUAGCCUUCACUAUGAGGCAGGUGAGGGAGGCUUCGUCCCUCAGGGUGCUCACCUUCCCGCCACGCAUCCAGAUUUCGAGUCUGCGCACGCCCAAGCUCGCGCCGCGCUCCUUUCGUCGACCCUCUAG